UGCGCAGUGCUCCGGCCCGGCCGCUCCUUCCUUCCUCCCUCAUUUCCUCCCCACAGCUGGCUCUCUCCUCUCUCGGAUGCUGGCUUGCCUUCUCCCUUCACGCGGCCGAUCGGGACCAAACACUUCGCAGGGGUGGAAUGACUGACUGCCUGGUCUGCAUGGUCUGAAUUUCGGGGAAUUGGCACGUCGGAAAGGAGGGGAGUCAAGAGGGAAAAACGGAGGCUCUCCAUCCCCCGAGGGAAUUUAUUUUACAGAGGUAUGCCAGUGCCCGAGGUGGCGUCUGACACUGCCAGCGCUGCCACCAUGUUGAGCCCCGUCCUCAAUGCCUCCAACGGAGACGGCUCUGAGUCUGAAACCACCUCCGCCAUCCUGGCCUCCGUCAAGGAACAGGAGUUGCAGUUUGAACGUCUGACCAGGGAGCUGGAAGCCGAACGACAGAUUGUUGCCAGUCAACUGGAGAGAUGCAAGCUUGGCUCUGAGACUGGAAGCAUGACUAGCAUCAGCUCAGCAGACGAGAAGUUUCGCUGGAACAACCAGGAUGGGCAGAAGGACAUAGAGGAGGAGCUGACGACAGGCCUGGAGCUGGUGGACUCCUGCAUCCGAUCCCUCCAGGAGUCAGGAAUCUUGGACUCGCAAGACACUUCUACAGGAGACAGACAAGGACUGCUGUCCCAAAGUGCGUUGCAGCUCAACAACCAGGAUGCCUAUGCGGCGGCUGGUUACCAUAGUAAUCAGGGGCUGACACUUGGGGAAUCAGUCACGAGUCGCUGCGGGCAGGUCGGAGGGGCGGUUCACAGCUACAAUCAGGUGACGUCCAGCCGUGCAGCUGCCCAGUUAGCCGGCACAGACUCCCCCUGUCAGUCCCAGAGAGACUCAUUUGCCCAGCAGGCACUUGGCAGCGCCUUCCACAUGCCCACCGAUGGCGGAACAGCACCCGCUGGACCGCCCAUGUAUUACUCCUGUGCCACUUUACCUGCACAGCGUGUAAGCUCCCCUCUUCAGGCUGUGGGAUCUCCUACAAAGCUGCAGCGCCUGGGAUCAGCCUCCGCCGACAUGCCCAGCUACGCCACUCUACAGAGGGUGUCGUCACCCAAACAGUCACCCAGCCGCCUCGCCAAGUCCUACAGCACCUCAUCGCCCAUCAACAUGGUAGCAUCAGGUGCCGGCGGUUCCUCCUCCCCUCUCCCGAUGUCAGCCUCCCCAGGGGGAAACCACACCUCGUCACCCAUCCACCAGCUCAGCUCUGCAAUUGGAAGCUAUGCCACCCUGUCGCCCACCAAGCGCAUGCUGCAUCACAUCGGGGCUGACAGCUACAAGAUUUCCCAUGAGCUGUACGCCAACGCAACCCUGCAAAGGCCUGGUAGCCUGGCAGGUAGAGGCUCCAGAGGUUCCUACAGCAGCCAGCACAGUCACCUGGGCUCUGAGCUGCGACCCCUGCAGUCCCCUGAACACCACAUCGACCCCAUCUACGAAGACAGAGUAUAUACCAAACCCAACCUUAGAGGACAAGCCCCGCCUUCCCCCGGUGUCGAUCCAAUCCCCUUGCAGCGAACAGGAAGUCAGAGCGCCGCAGCCACCUUUCAGAGAGGCAGUUUUGCCACAGGAGGCAGUGCGGCUGACUAUGCCAACCCGUACCGCACCCUGCAGUUCUGCCCGUCCACAGAGUCGCCUUACAGCAAGUCGGGCCCUGCUCUUCCUCCUGAGGCCGCCCUGGGCCGGUCCCCAUCAGUGGACAGCAUACAGAAGGACCCAAGGUACGACCCCGAAUUCCUUGUGUGGAAUCAAAAUCAAGCCGAGCAAAGAAUGACAAAGGAGUUUGGCUGGAGGGAUCCAGAGCUGCCAGAGGUGAUCCAGAUGUUGCAGCAUCAGUUCCCAUCAGUCCAGUCCAACGCUGCUGCCUACCUUCAGCACCUCUGCUUUGGAGACAACAAGAUCAAAUCCGAGAUUCGGCGGCAGGGUGGAAUCCAGCUGCUGGUGGACUUGCUGGACCACCGGAUGACCGAUGUGCACCGCAGCGCCUGUGGAGCCCUGAGGAACUUGGUGUACGGCAAAGCCAACGACGACAACAAGAUCGCCCUGAAGAACUGUGGAGGCAUACCUGCUCUGGUGCGGCUGCUCCGGAAGACCACAGAUGUGGAGAUCCGGGAGCUGCUCACAGGUGUUUUGUGGAACCUGUCAUCAUGUGACGCCCUGAAGAUGCCCAUCAUCCAGGAUGCCCUGGCCGUGCUGACCAACGCCGUGAUCAUCCCGCACUCAGGCUGGGACACGUCCCCGCACACACAAGAGGACAGAAAGCUGCACCUACACUCCUCCCAGGUCCUCCGCAACGCCACGGGCUGUCUCCGGAACGUGAGUUCUGCUGGUGAGGAAGCCCGGAGAAGGAUGAGGGAGUGUGAGGGCCUGACGGACGCUCUGCUUUACGUCAUCCAAACUGCUCUCGGGAGCAGUGAGAUUGACAGCAAGACUGUGGAGAACUGUGUGUGCAUCCUGAGGAACUUGUCGUACCGUCUGGCUGCAGAGACAUCUCACAGCCAGCAGGGAGGUUCAGAGGAGCUGGACGGCUUGUUAUGCGACACCGGCGGGAAGGAUGCGGAGAGCUCUGGAUGUUGGGGCAAGAAGAAGAAAAAGAAGAAGGGACAUGACCAGUGGGACGGCGUCGGCCCAUUUCCAGAUUUGGCAGAGCCCCCGAAAGGCAUCCAGAUGUUGUGGCACCCCACCAUCGUCAAGCCCUACCUCACACUGCUGUCUGAGUGCUCCAACCCAGACACCCUGGAGGGAGCAGCUGGGGCUUUGCAGAACCUGGCUGCUGGCAGCUGGAAGUGGUCUGUCUAUAUCCGAGCUGCGGUGCGCAAAGAGAAAGGCCUCCCUAUCCUGGUGGAGUUACUGAGGAUAGACAACGACCGGGUGGUUUGUGCCGUGGCUACCGCCCUGAGAAACAUGGCUCUGGACGUCAGGAACAAGGAGCUCAUUGGUAAAUAUGCCAUGAGGGACCUGGUGCACCGUUUGCCCGGAGGUAGCAACAACAACAACAGCACCAGUGGGGGAGGAGGAGGCGCGGGAGGAGCCAACAGCAGCAUCCUGGUGGGGAAGACCAUGUCGGAUGACACCAUUACAGCGAUCUGUUGCGCUCUGCACGAGGUCAUCACCAAGAACAUGGAGAACACCAAGGCCCUGAGGGACGCCGGUGGCAUCGAGAAGCUCAUCGGCAUCGCCCGCAGCAAGGGAGACAAAAUUCCCAGACAUAGUCCUAAAGUGGUGAAAGCGGCAUCUCAAGUCCUGAACAGCAUGUGGCAAUACAGAGAUCUGCGCAGCCUCUACAAAAAGGAUGGCUAUUCUCAGUACCAUUUUGUUGGCUCCUCCUCGACGAUAGAGCGAGACAGACAGCGACCUUACUCUUCCUCUCGUACUCCGUCCAUCUCCCCCGUUCGGACCUCACCUAACAAUCGAUCAGCAAGCGCUCCCGCGUCCCCCAGGGAGAUGAUGGCGCUGAAGGAGAGGAAGGCAGACUACGAGUCGACUGGCAAUGCCAGUUACCAUGGCAACAAGGGGGAGCACACGUCCCGGAAGGACGCCAUGAUGGGUCAAAUCUCUGGUGGGUCUUCAACACUACACAGAGGAGCCUACGUGUCCCCGACUGAUGACCUGAAAUAUAAUCAGGUUUCUUCUCAAGGCCUGCCCUCAGAGCCAUACCCACCUUUCCAAAAUCCCCCGCCACCUGACAGUGUAAAUUAUGAGGACCAGGCCUUCUACGAGAACCAGGUUCAUCCGGGAGGGCGCCCCCCGCAGGGUGACCUCAACAUGCAUCUACAGGGCCUCAAGUCCACCGGCAACUAUGUAGACUUCUACUCAGCCUCACGGCCCUACAGCGAGCUCAACUACGAGACCAGCCACUAUCCAGCCUCACCAGACUCCUGGGUCUGAGGGGAAUAGAGGGUGGAGGAGGAGGAGAGGAUGGACGAAGAAAAACUGUUUAAAGGAGGAGUAAGAGAUGAAGAAAGGACAGUUUCCCUCCCUCCCCAUCCUCCCCUGGAGUUCCUUAGUAGCAUCUUAGAUAGCAGGACGAAAGAGGGGGAGGAUGGAGCACAAGAAGGGAGACAUGAGGAGAAAGAGACUCCUUCAGAGACCUUCAAGGGAGGAGGGAGUGGGGAAAAGGAGGACCAGAAGCAAACGGAGGAGCGGCCACGCAUGUGCAUGCACACCACCAACCAAACUGACAGACACAUUUUCUUUCUGUGUUUAGUUUGUGAUCAACAACAGUUAGCGAAGGCUCUGCAGACGGAAAGACCUCCGGCCCCCGGAGGCCUCUGGAUCCAGCACAUAAAAAGAGACGGACAAGUCAGGAACAUGAAAGGAAAGCGAGGAGGAUGUAUCGAGAUGAAAACGGACAAUGAAGGAGAAAAAAUGGAUCAGUGGACUGGAAGAUGGGAGGUGUCAGAGAUACCCCAGGACAAACCUGUAAAUAUGUGGUAUAGCAACAUGGCUUUUAGUAAUGUGAAGCACAAGAGCUGUAGGACACGUAGGACGUCUGUCACACAAACUAUCGUUUCUCUCUAUGGCUUCAGUGUGAUGUAUCCUCCUCUGGUUAAAGAACGCCUCUGGACUUUUCGUCAUUUGUAAACUUUUUUUUUUUUCUUUGUUGUGUUUCUACUUUUUUAAUUCCGGUUGUAUAGUAUUUGAUGUACACUGUACAUUUUCGCAUUGUGUACUAUACAUUGCACUACUUUCUGUGUCAUGUCAGGCCUUUUCCGCCACUGGGUCACUUCCUCGCCAACCAUCCCGUCUAAACGCUCGUAAAUAACAACACUCAGUUUGUCAAAUCUCAUAUCACGGAUGUGGACGUGUUGAUAAUGUGAAACACUGGAUAGGAACUGCUGGGUCACGGUGCUCCUUUCACUGCCCUACAGAGGCUCAAACAGUCCAGUCGCCUUUUUUUUUUUUUUUUUUU